AUGGAAUCCAAAGAAGUAUUGACAUUAAUUAAGAACCUUGAUCAAUCAAAAACUAACGACCAGAUUGUCUUGGAUAUUUUGAAGACGUUAGAAAAAGAGGUUGUCCCCACUGAAAAGUUGCUAAGAGAGACUAAAGUUGGUGUCGAAGUUAACAAAUUCAAGAAGUCAACUAAUCCAGAGGUGGCUAAAUUAGUUAGAAAAAUCAUUUCAGCUUGGAAGGAUGUCAUUAACAAGAAUAAAUUAAAGCUGAGACAACAGCAGCAACAGCCUUCUUCAAAUGGAACCGUUGCAUCAGAUUCUAAAACAGAUGGAUCCAACAAAAAUCCUGUCUCUAGUACAGUAACCACGGAUGCCAAUGGUAGUAUAUCAAAGAAAGUCAGUAAAUUCCAAAGUUCUAAGACUAGAAAUGCAAAGAACGAUGGUGUGAACACUAUAAUAUAUCACAUUAAAUUACGUGAUAAUGUUAUUAGAGCACUUUAUGAUGCUUUAGCCAAAGAAAGUGAGCAUCCUCCAAAUUAUAUAUUACAAUUGGCCAUUGAAAUUGAAAAAGAAAUGAACAAGUUGAAUGAUAUUAUGACCCAUGAAAAACAAUACAAAGAAAAAUAUAGAGUUAUUUAUUCUAGUAUUAUAUCUAAAAAUAAUGCUGAUUUGAAAAUUAAGAUCACCAACGGUGAUUUAACACCAAAUUUCUUGGUUACAUGUGAUCCAAAAGAGUUAGCACCUGAAUCUUUGAGAAAGAAAUUAGAAGAGAUUAAAGAGAAAAACCUGUUUAAUGCACAAGGUGCUACUAUUGAAAGAUCAGUUACAGAUAGAUUCCAAUGUGGUAAAUGUAAAGAAAGAAAAGUCUCAUAUUAUCAAUUACAAACUAGAUCUGCGGAUGAACCUUUAACAACAUUUUGUACAUGUGAAGUCUGUGGUAAUAGAUGGAAAUUUUCAUAA